GUUUUAGCUUGUUUGUAAGUUUUUAAAACCUAUUAUUACUUGAUUGCAAAUAGUCAUGGUUCACUUGUUGACAGAUCUAAUGAUCUGAUUUUAACUCAUGACUCCCUUGGUCAAGUAUAUAAUUUGUAACAGCUAAUUUUCACAAUCUUCUUUCAUCUGUGUAUGACCUAGCAACAUGAUAGGAUCCAUCCAAAUGUGUGCCUGUGUGAGCCUAUAUGUUUAUUUUAUGAUAUAGAUGCAUAUAGGUUGUUGCUAAAUAAAAUGUCACACCAUGAUAGGUUUUAUUUAGGUUCAUUUAGUUUUUGGACCUAUUCAAUUAAUAACAGUUAUUUAUUUUAAGGUUAAAUUCCUCUCUUUUGGGCCUUGUGUGAGAGUUGGGGGCCAAUAGAAGUGGGUACGACAUACUGAACCCAGCUCCCCCUCACAUGAACUACCCCAAUUGUGAAGGCCCAUUUGCCUGAUUUGAAUAACUGUGCUAGGUUAAUUAAAUUAGUUUGACCUAAUAAAAUUAAAUUAGCAACAUAAUUAACUUUUAAAAUAUAUGAAAUUUAUUUUCAUUUUAAUAUUUUAAAGUUAAUUUUAAGAAAAAGACUUUUAGUUUUAGAUAUUAUUUCUAGACAAACUAUUUGUAUUUUUCUUGUAUUUAAUUAAAUAAAGAAUUUUAACUAACUAGAUUCUUUCUUGAACUUAUUUAAUUAAAUAUUCCUAUUUAAGUUAUAAAUUAGUUAUUUUAACUGGUUUUUCAUAUCUAACUUAAAUUUGAAUAUUUUAUUUAAAUUUAAAAUUAAGUUGAGGAAUUCUAGGUAUUAGUUAUUAAAGAUUCUUAAGAUAUUUUUUAAGUUAGUUUUAAACUUAAAAUGGAAUAUUUUUCAAAUUAAGUGGUUACAACUUAAUUUCUGAUAUUUAAUUAAAUUUAAAUUUGAAAUUAUUUAAGUUCUAGAUUUUUUUUUGGAAAAUUUACAUUUGGAGCCUUUAUUUUGAUCUAAUUUCCUUUUUUGCCGUGAUCUAUUAUAUUGGGUAAGUUUACCGUUUUUUAUUACCGUUUUAUAUUUAAUUAUCAUUUAUUGAGCCACGCGUUUCCCAAGUGACGUCAGACCAUGUGUUGUCACUUCUUACCCAUCAUCCCACGUCUUGCAUCUCACGCGCGUCAGGGGUAUCACGUUUUUUGAUAUUCAUGAUAAUUGCUCCCUAUUUUGUAGACUUGUAAGUAUACUGUCUAGUUAGAGGGAGGGAGCGGUUUAUAGGGUUUUUUAGUGGGUUUCUUUUUUUUCAACUUCAGAAAUUUCUAGUGUGGGUAUUUUUUAGAGAGAGUUUUGAAAUUCAAAAUUUCUCUCUAUUUAGUGUGGCAGUUUCAUAGAGGGUUAUUCAUUUAAAACUUUCUCAAAAAAAUCUGAUUGUAAAUGGUUAAUACUCGUUCUUCCCUUUCUCCAUCUGGUUCAUCGAAGCUUCUUCUUGACAAGUUAAAAAUGAAGAAAACGAUUUCUGAAGAUGACAAUGAAGAUCUUUCUGGUGGUUCUGAGGGCUCUGGUGAUGUUUCUGUUAAGGAAGUGAAGAAGAAGCAAUAUAACCGUGGAAACAAGAAGGUUACUGACGAUCGGCCUUUGAAAAAAUUGAAACAAGUUGUUGAAUAUGAUGAGGACUUCUACGACAGUGAUGAUCUAGAAGUUGAGAACAAUGAAUCGAUGAAGGAGUGGGAGUUAUAUUUCAAGCAUGAGGAUAGGGUUGGUGGAAGAAUAAUUUUUUUUCCUAACCAUGAAAACAAUGUUAUUGCCAUUAUCAAUAGUAAAUUGACUCCUUCUCAAGCAAAGCUGUUUCGUGAGACAUGUUUUGGACAUUUUUUGGACAUGAAUCCAAUUGCAAUGCAAACUCAGUUGAUUCACAGUGCUUUGCACAGGGAGGUACACCAGAAAAAUCCUUAUGAAAUGUGGUUCAAAUUUGGUUCUCAAAAUUUCAGGUUUAGUUUGGCUGAGUUUGCUGUUGUGACUGGUUUAUUAUGUGUUGGUGAUUCUGAUAUGAGUGGUUAUGCAAAGAAGGAGAAUGCAUUUGUGGAUAAGUAUUUUAGUGAUCAACAAGUAACAGUCAGUGCUGUGGAGGAGAGGUUUAGGUAUAGUGAUUUUAAGUUGGACGAAUACGCUGUUAAGAUGGCGGUGUUGUAUUUCGUUUCUAAUUGCUUGUUCACAAGCCCUAAUUCCAAGAAGGUUCCUAAUGAAAUACUCAAUAUUGUUGGGAUUGGUGAUUAUGAGAGUUUUCCUUGGGGAAAAUUAGUUUUUAAGAAAACUUUACACAACUUGAGGAUUGGUUUGAGGGGUGUACCAAAGAAAAAAACAGGGAAAGAUAUUGGUUCCAAGCAUAUUGAUAAGCGUAAAGGGAAAGCAAAGGCUGCUGAUAAAGAAUCUUCGAGGACUUACAAGUUGCCUUGUUUUCCUUAUGCAUUUCUUGUUUGGAUUUACGAAACUAUUCCUCUUUGUCAGAAGGCUGGUUUUUGUGAAUAUGAUAGUGAUCCAGAAUAUAGGAUUUGUAGAUGGUUGAAUGUGGGUCUUCCUAAUAAUAGUGCUGUUGAGAGGAAAGUUUUUUCAUCUCCUAAGCUGAAAGGUGAAUAUAUAUUUCCUACAGAUGAAGAGAGAUCAAUGCUUAAUCUAUCUGGUCUUGAGUUUAUUGAGAAGGAAGAUUCAGAUGUUGAUGUUGAUCGAGUUGGUGCGAUUGGUUUACAAUCUUCUAUUUUAAAUGAGUUAAGGAGGGACGUUAAAAAAGUAAUUCAAAAGCAAUUACAUUUUGAUGGGUCUUUUGAGGGUUUUACAUCAGAUAUUAAGUGUAGAUUCAAGGAGUUGGAACUCAAUAUGAUUUCCCACAUAGAUUCUAAGAUUGAUGAAAGUUUGCAAUUUUACUUGGAUUUGAAAUUUAAUGACUUGAAAGAAAAGUUUGAUGAUUUAAAAGCUUCUCAGAGUGUCGUGGAUAUCCGUGAUGAUAGUGGUGGUGAUAGUGAUGAUGAAUCUGGUUUGAAAGAUGGUGUUAAUGUUGAUUUGGCAGUGAAGGAUGAUCUAGUUAUGAAAGAGGUUGAUGAUGUAGAUUUGGUUACUGAAAAUGUUAAAGAUUAUUCUAUUGAUCCUGUUUUAAAUCUUGCUGAAAGUGGUGGUGUGUUGGUUAAUGAGGGAGACACUGUUGUAGAGGGUGAAGGUUUACAAAAUGUUGGAGAUGGUGGUUUGGUUAAAGAAGGACACACUGCUUUACUGGGUGAUAAUGAUGAUGUUCCAAGUUUUGAUAUAAUGGGUUUUCUUUCAUCUCAGCCCGAUGCUAAUGCUGAUAAAGAGAAGAGGAAAAAACAAGAUGAAGAUGAUCAUGCUAAGUUUAAAGAUUUAAAUAAGAAAUCAAAAGAUGAUGAAGAUGAUGGUGAUGACCAGGGUAUGGGUGGUGAUGCUGUUUCUUCUAUUGUCAAGGAAGUUAUAAAGGGAAUUAAUGAGGGUGAUGACAAAUCUAAAAAAGGUGGAUCAGUUACCAAGGAUGAUGUUGGUGGUGAAGCAAGAAAAAAUAUGGUUGAUUCAUCUGCAAUUGAUGUUGUUGUGGCUGGUGUCAUUGGGUCUCCUAACUUGUUUGAUAGUCAAGGUACAGAAGAUAGUAUUACUUUGUCAGCCAUGGAGAUCAUUAAUGAAAAAAUUGAAACCAUUGAAGGAAGCCUGAAAAAGGAAAAGAAUUUAGAAGCUAAUUCUUAUGAGUUUGCAAAGAGGGUUCCCAAUAUUGGAUCUGCAUUGAGGAGUCCAUUUACAUCUGAUUUUGGUUCUAUUGGGAGUAGUAGUAAACCAAAGGGAGAACAAUCUAAGUUGCUUGCUUUUUCUUCAGUUGCACUUGACCGUAUUGAUGAUCUUCAGUCUAAACUUUUUGAGCAGUGGUUUAAGGUCGGUUUCAAUGAUAGGAACAAGAUUAAAAAGUUUAAAGAACGUGAUAGGAAAUUGAAAGUCCCGUUGGAUUUUGCAAUUAUGAAGAUUGAUGAUAAGAUGUGGUUUUAUGAUUUGCUGACUCCUGGAAGAAAUUUGUCAUGCUCGCAUUUGGAUGUUUGUUUUUACUACUUGAGAAAGGAGAUAAAGUACAAUGAGAGUGUAAACUCUUUUGUUAAUACCACUGAUUGUUUCUUUGCUGCCCAGAUUUUUGAGAUGUAUAAUGAGUUUGUUAAGAAUGAUUGUGACAUUGAAUCUGUUAAGAAGGACAGCAAAGCUUCUGCAUACGUAGCUGGUUUUGGUAUGUAUUGCAGUAGAAAAUGGAUUGAAUUAGAUAAUGUCUUAAUGCCUAUUAAUCUGAUUGAUUUGGCUCACUGGAUUAUGUGCAUUUUUGACAUACGUUUGAGAUGUCUUAAAGUGUGCAAUUCUAUGAGAUUUGGGAGGUACAAGAACUCAGAAAAAUUGGUUCGUGCUUUUGCUGUCAUGUUGCCUAUUUUGUUGUCACAUGUAAAUUUUUAUGAUCAAAGGAAAGAUAUUGAUAAGAGCACAGGAUUUUUUCAAGGAAAGAGUGAGACAGACCCUUUGGAAAUUGUUAUCGUUCAAGAUUUGCCUCAACAAGAGCAGUGUGACUGUGGUGUUUUUGUUAUAAAGUACGCUGAGUAUUUUAUUCAUGGAUUGAUUGACAAGAUUCCGAAGGAGUUGGACAUUCCUUUUGUUCGAAAGAAGCUGUGUGUUGAGCUCUUUGUUCAUGCUAAGAAGAAGGAAGUGAGUGGUUAUGAAUCACCUUCAGAGUAUCCUGGCAGGAUGGAAAAGGAUGGAAAGAAAAAGAAGUAGUUGUUUAAUGUAGUUGGAAACACUUUUGUUUCUUGUUGUUUUGAUACUUUUGUACGGGUUAUUAUUGAUAGUUUGGGUAGUUAUGAACGUUAAACAUAUUAACCUUCUUUUUGCUUGGUCAUUUUGUCAAACGUAUGUAUGGAUAUUGGAACUAUUUUCAGUACCUUUAAUAUGAUAUUAAUGCAGGUUGCUUUUGGAGUUAA